CGAGUCAAUCCAAUUCAAAUAGGCAGACUUUCAGAACUGCGAUAAUGCCAUCCAGCCACACCGGAUCUGGAUCUGCCUUGGCAAUCAUCGCAACGCAUCCUCUAAUCGCUAAACUACUGCUGCGUCUUGCAUUAAGUUAGAGGAACUGAAGAAGAGGAUCAAAAGAAUUCGUCAGGAAACUGCCAACUUCAGAAGCCGCCACUUCAUUCCCGAGCCUGGCCCAUUUUGAAGUGGUGUCCAGGUCAAGCGUUGAGCAAUGUUUGAGAAGCCUCAAAAUCCCAGUACACAAAGUUGCGGAUCUGGCAGACGACAUUCUGCAAGGCGCGCUCAAAAAUGUUUUGGACUCCUGGUUUUGAUCAAUCAAGGCAAGGCAAUUUCCAGCUUCAUCCGGCACGACACAAUGCAACCUAAUUCGCCUGACUAUCGACUUCCCUGUUCUUUCAGAGACGCUUCAGGAUAUUUUUGACGAAGACGCGGAAACGGUUACCGACUUUCUCGAGACGCAAUGGGAAGUCAUUGUUCCCAUCUUGCGCCCAAGCACGAUUUUCCAAAGGUUCGACCCAAAGACUAUUUUGCCUUUAUUUC